AUGCGUGCACGAUUAGUAGAUGGGGUGCAGGAUGCUGCAACUCCAAAGCUUGAGAAUUUCCCUACCCCGGAAGGAGGUCACCCAAGUCCAGCCCCAUCUGGCCAGCCCAACACCACCAGUGAAGACAGCCAGCUCUUGGAGCCAGGGGAGCGACUCCAGGUCCGCCUGAUGAAUGGGAGCAGCCGGUGCAAAGGGACGGUGGAGGUCUGGUUCCGGCAGUCCUGGGAGCCCGCGUGCGGGGCACUCUGGGACCUCCGCGCCUCCGAGGCCGUGUGCCGCUCGUUGGGCUGCGGCCGGGCGGAGCCGCUGGAACAGCCCGUCCCGCCGACCCCGGCGCUGUCGCCUGGUGCAGCCGCGGGAAACGCCAGCUGGGCCCCGAAUACCACGUGGGCCCUAGCGCCCACCGUCCAGUGCAGAGGCCCCGAAUGGCAGCUCUGCAAGGUGGUGGAGCACGCGUGCAGCAGCGACGAGAGGCCGGUCCAGGUCACCUGUGCAGAAAACCUCGAUCUGAAAUUGGUGGGUGGUGGCAGCCCGUGCGAGGGCCGCGUGGAGAUGCUGGAGCACGGACAGUGGGGUUCGGUGUGUGACGACACGUGGGACCUGGACGAUGCCCACGUGGUGUGCCGGCAACUGAGCUGCGGCUGGGCAAUCCAGGCCCUGCCCGGCUUGCACUUUGCCCCUGGCCAAGGACGCAUCCACCGGGACCAAGUGAACUGUUCCGGGUCGGAGACCUACCUGUGGGACUGCCUGGGCCUGCCGGGAAACGGCUACUGUGGCCACAAGGAGGACGCCGGCGUGGUGUGCUCAGAGCACCAGUCCUGGCGCCUGACCGGGGGCGCUGACCCCUGCGAGGGCCAGGUGGAGGUGUACUUCCGAGGGGUCUGGAACACAGUGUGUGACAGUACGUGGUACGAACCAGAGGCCAAGGUGCUCUGCCGGGACUUGGGCUGUGGGACUCUGGCCCGGGUGCCCAAGGGGCUGCCACACUCCCUGUCGGGCAAGAUGUACUACUCAUGCGAGGGAGGGGAGCCCACGCUCUCUGAGUGCUUCUGGCGGUUCAAUAACUCCAACCUCUGCAGACAAUCACAGGCAGCCAGGGUCCUCUGCUCAGGUGCCCGGAGCCUGCUCAAUCUGUCCACUUCUGAAAUCCCUGCAAGUGGUCAGCCGGUCACUGUGGAAUCUUCUGUGACGGUGAAAAUGAAGGACUGGGAAUCUCAAGAGCUAAUGCUUCUCAUCCCUUGCAUCGUUCUGGGAAUUCUCCUUCUUGUCUCACUCAGUUUCAUAGCCAUCAUCCUCUUGAGAAUUAAAGGAAAAUACGCCCUCCCCGCUAUGGUGAACCACCAGCACCUACCCACCACCACCCCAGCGGGGACCACAAGCUAUCAAGAGGUUCCCAUCACCAUCGCCAAAGAAGAAAUUCCCAAGCUGCCCAUCCAGGUCCAGGCUCCGCCCCCCGAAGACUCGAACUCCAGCUCGGACUCAGACUAUGAGCCCUAUGACUUCAGCAGCCAGCCUCCUGUGGCCCUGACCACCUUCUACAAUUCCCAGCGGCACCGUUUCACAGAUGAAGAGGUCGGGCAGAACAGGUUCCAGAUGCCCCCCUUGGAGGAAGGACUCGAAGAGGUGCAUGCCUCCCGGGUCCCACCUGCCAACCCUGAACACUGCAUUGCAGACCCCCGCUCCACGGGCCCUCAGCACCGCCCAAGGAGCAAGGGCGGCUCCAGCACAUCUUCAGGGGAGGAGUGCUGUAAGAGCCCUGGCAGAAGGCUACCUCCGUGGAACUCUCAAGUGUUUUCUUCAGAGAGGAACCCCCUGCCGGGUCAGCCCCUGAGCUUGGAGCUGGCUGGCUCCCAGGCAACUUUUCCAGCAGGGCCCUCGGCUGAUGACAGCUCCAGCACCUCCUCCGGAGAGUGGUACCAGAACUUCCAGCCGCCGCCCCAGCUCCCAUCUGCUGAGCAGUUUGGAUGUCCAGGGUCCCUCACUCCCCAGCCUGACUCCUCCUCCAAUGAAGACUAUGAUGACAUUGGAGCAGCCUAG